AUGAAGAGGCCGCUUUUCCUCCUGGGCUGUCUGCAGCUCCUUGGCGCCGCCGCUGCGGGCUACAAACAGUGGCUGCCAAACACCAACUUUGAAACCGCUGCCAACUGGGAGGCAGGCAGCGUCCCGUGUGCCAGCGACGCGGUUCACUUUGAGCCAGACAAGGUUGUCUCGGUGUUCGUCAAGUCUCACCAUGCCGUGAAGGACAUGUACCUUCCGCUGAACGGCGAAUUCAUCCUGGCAUCUGGGGCAGGAUUUGCAGCUUUUGACGGCAGCUGGGAUCCAGGAUGUGACUCAGGCCCGGCCGCCCGGUUCCGGGACGCCGAGGGGCUCUCCUGGUUCGACCCGGCGCUGUGGCAGCCGCUGCAGCAGGACGGGCGCCUCUUUGCAGUGGAUGAGGAGCGCGUCCCGUGCCGCUACGACGAUGUUAUCUUCGAGCCCGAAACCUCCUUCCGGGUAAAGGUCGACUCAUCGCGCGGCAUGAUUCAUCUCCGGAGCAUCGCUCUCAUGGGUCAGACAUUCACCAGCACCGCCGCCCUGGCCCAGUACCUGCGGGGCCCCUCAGCGCCGCUGCAGUUCCACGGCAACAGCAGCUUCCAAGUGACGGGCGCCGCGUGUCCGGACAAGUCCGGCUGUGUCUGCGGGAACUCCCAGGACGGCCAGCGCAUCUGCGCGGGGAGACGCUGCCCCGAGCCGGCGUGCCCGCGCCCGCUGCGGCCCCUCGGCCACUGCUGCGGCGUGUGCGGUGCCAUCGUUUGCCUGGAGUUCACUCCCAACUUCGACCUGCAGCAGUAUCGGGACAGGCUCGUCCAAACCUUCCUGAGCCUGCCGCAGUACGCUGGAGUUCAGCUGGCGAUAUCCAAGGUGCAGAGGGCAGAGAGCGCGCCGGGCGCCGCGCUGCGCAGCUCCGCUCCCCUCAUCCAGUUGGUGCUCGUGGAUGACGGCAGCGGCUCCGGGAGCGGCACGGCCGCUGCGCAGCUGGCCGAGGACAUCACCAGGGACAUCGCGCAGCACGGCGAAGCACUUGGCAUAUCCAGUAGCAGAAUGGAGGUGGCCAGUGGCGCUGACGGCAUUUUCAGUGGCCAAACAGGAAUCAGCACAUCGAGGAGGGUGCUAACGGUGACAGUUUUGGGCCUGCUCUGCGGUCUCCUGCUGCUUGGAGGGAUGCUCUUUCUCUACAGGAAAGGAACAUUAAGGCUGUGGGCCGUGCGUGUCCCCCGGCUGUGGGGCAGAGCGCUCAGCCCGGCGCCGCCGGAGCCAGCGAGCGGCAAAGGGUUUGACAACCCCAUGUUCGACCUGCCGAUGGACACGGCGGAGCCACCAGGCGCUGCCCCUCACGAGGACGCGCGGCACGAGACGGCGCUCACGGACAMGCAGCUCUUCUACCUGAACCCGCUGUACGAUGCGAGCGAGGCCGAGGCCUGA